GGCCACUAGCAACAACCUCUGUGAAGUUGCAGGGGCGGUAACCCGGGCACUCCCCCUGCCACCGCCCGCCGUUUCCAAGGGGCUCGGAAACCAAUUUUUUUGCCUCGAGUAGUGUGGACCUGUCUCACGGGGCGUUGCCGGAGGCGGGAGGAAGUCAAGCCUGAGGGGUCAGCCAAGGAUGUCGUUUUCAAAAUCCGGGAUGGUGCCUCUGCCUCAUUAACUGCCGUAGGAAGGCUGCUACACCUAGGCGGAUGCUUGUUUAUUGAUCUCACCGUUAUUCCGACUAAACACCCUGUGUCGUUGAGUAUAUCUGUUAAGAUGCCUUAGAAAAAGAAUCAUGGAGAAGUAUGUUAGACUACAGAAGAUUGGAGAAGGUUCAUUUGGAAAAGCCAUUCUUGUUAAAUCUACAGAAGAUGGCAGGCAAUAUGUUAUCAAGGAAAUUAACAUCUCAAGAAUGUCCAAUAAAGAAAGGGAAGAAUCAAGGAGAGAAGUUGCAGUAUUGGCAAACAUGAAGCAUCCAAAUAUUGUCCAGUAUAGAGAAUCAUUUGAAGAAAAUGGCUCUCUCUACAUAGUGAUGGAUUACUGUGAAGGAGGCGAUCUGUUUAAACGAAUUAAUGCUCAGAAAGGCAUUUUGUUUCAAGAGGAUCAGAUUUUGGAUUGGUUUGUACAAAUAUGUUUGGCCUUGAAACAUGUACAUGAUCGAAAAAUUCUUCAUCGAGACAUAAAGUCCCAGAAUAUAUUUUUAACCAAAGAUGGGACAAUACAACUUGGAGAUUUUGGAAUCGCUCGAGUACUUAAUAGUACUGUGGAGCUGGCUCGAACUUGCAUAGGGACCCCCUACUACUUGUCACCUGAAAUCUGUGAAAACAAACCUUACAACAAUAAAAGUGACAUUUGGGCUCUGGGGUGUGUCCUGUAUGAGAUGUGUACACUUAAACAUGCAUUUGAAGCUGGCAAUAUGAAAAACCUGGUACUGAAGAUAAUAUCUGGAUCUUUUCCACCUGUAUCUUUACAUUAUUCUUAUGACCUCCGCAAUUUACUCUCUCAGUUAUUUAAAAGAAAUCCUAGGGAUAGACCAUCAGUCAACUCCAUAUUGGAGAAAGGUUUUAUAGCCAAACGCAUUGAAAAGUUUCUCUCACCUCAGCUUAUUGCAGAAGAAUUUUGUCUAAAAACAUUUUCCAAGUUUGGAGCACAGCCUGUACCAGCUAAAAGACCGGCUUCAGGACAAAGCUUGGCUUCUUUUGUGUCUGCUCAGAAAAUUACAAAGCCUGCCGCUAAAUAUGGAGUACCUUUAACAUAUAAGAAAUUUGGAGAUAAAAAAUUACAUGAAAAGAAACCACUCCAAAAACAUAAACAGGCCCAUCAAAUUCCAGUGAAGAAAGUGAAUCCUGGAGAAGAAAGGAGGAAAAUGUUUGAGGAAGCAGCAAGAAAGAGAAGGUUGGAAUUUAUUGAAAAAGAAAAGAAACAAAAGGAUCAGAUUAGUUUAAUGAAGGCCGAGCAGAUGAAAAGACAGGAAAAGGAAAGGUUGGAGAGAAUAAAUAGGGCCAGGGAACAAGGAUGGAGAAACGUGCUAAGUACUGGUGGAAGUGGUGAAGUAAAGGCUCCCUUUUUUGGCAGUGGAGGGGCUGUGGCUCCAUCAUCUUUUUCUUCUCGAGGACAGUAUGAACAUUAUCAUGCUAUUUUUGAUCAAAUGCAGCAACAAAGAGCAGAAAAUAAUGAAACUAAAUGGAAAGGAGAGAUAUAUGGCCGAAGACAUCCAGAAAGGCAAAAGGGGCAGCUAGCUGUGGAAAGAGCUAAACAAGUGGAAGAGUUCCUACAGCGAAAACGGGAAGCACGGCAAAAUAAAGCUCGAGCUGAAGGACAUAUGGGAAUCCUGCAAAACCUGGCAGCUAUGUAUGGAGGCAGGUCCAGCUCUUCAAGAGGAGGGAAGCCAAGAAACAAAGAGGAAGAGGUUUAUCUGGCAAGACUGAGGCAAAUAAGACUGCAGAAUUUCAAUGAGCGCCAACAGAUUAGAGCCAAACUUCGUGGUGAAAAGAAAGAAGCUGAUUAUUCCGAAGGACAAGAAGGAAGCGAGGAGGCUGACAUGCGGCGUAAAAAAGUUGAAGCAUUUAAGGCCCAAGCAAGUGCACGUGCUGCUGUACUAAAAGAACAAUUAGAACGAAAGAGAAAGGAAGCAUAUGAGAGAGAAAAGAAAGUAUGGGAAGAGCAUUUGGUGGCUAAAGGAGUAAAGAAUUCUGAUAUGUCUCCACCUUUGGGACAACAUGAAGCAGGUGGCUCUCCAUCAAAGCAACAGAUGAGAUCUGUUAUUUCUGUGACUUCAGCUUUGAAAGAAGUGGGAAUGGACAGGAGUUUAACUGAUACCCAGGAAACCUCAGAAGACAUGCAGAAGACUAACACUGCUAUUUCAAGUAAGAGAGAAAUACUACGUAGAUUAAAUCAAAAUCUUAAAGCUCAAGAAGAUGAAAAAGGAAAGCAAUGUCACUCUGAUACGUGUGAGAUAGUUGUUAAUGAAGAUGCCAAAGAACAUGAAAAAGAAAAAUCGGGUUCAUCUGAUCGCAAAAAAUGGGAGGCUGGAGGUCAACUUGUGAUUCCUUUGGAUGAGUUAACAUUGGACACAUCCUUCUCUGCAACUGGAAAACAUACAGUGGGAGAGGUUAUUAAAUUAGAUCCUGGUGGAUCUCCAAGAAAAGUCUGGGGGAGAAGCCCUACAGAUUCAGUUCUAAAGAUACUUGGAGAAGCUGAACUACAACUUCAGACAGAACUAUUGGAAAACACAACUGUUAGAAGUGAGACUUCUCCUGAAAGGGAGAAUUACAAACCUUUAAUUCCUGGAGAAGAAAAAGUAAAAUAUAUUUCACUUGAAAUGAAUCCAUCAGCUACUGUUGAUUCUUCUGUUGAAAUGAACAGUCCAGAGUUUAGUGAGGCAUCUCCACAGACAUCAUUGAAGCCAGAAGGAAAUGUGGAUGAAGCUGAUGGCUUAGAAACAGAAGUUCUGCAAGAGCCAGAUGGAGCAAACAAAGAUGGUAGCUUGCCACGCACGAUUAUUGAUGUAUGGAUUAGUGAGAUAAAAGAAACAAAGGGAACUGAGUUGGAAGAUAGGAUCACUGUUCAGCAAAAUGAAGUUCCUGAAGAUGAAAUCUCAAACAAUGUGGAUCACCUUAGUGAAGUUGAUAUUAGACCUGAAAUAGGUGAUUCUCAGCACCCUAAAUGUGAUGUUGAUAAAUCUGUGCAACCAGAGCCAUUUUUCCAUAGAGUGGUUCUUUCAAAACACUUGAACGUAGUCUCUCAAAUUCAGUCAAUUCUGUGUUCACCAGAAGAAUCCUUUCCGCUUCGAUCUCGCUCUGAUUCACCACCAAAAAAUAAAAGCCAAAAUUCCUUGCUGAUUGGACUUUCAACUGGUCUAUUUGAUGCAAACAACCCAAAGAUGUUGAGGACAUGUUCACUUCCAGAUCUCUCAAAAUUGUUCAGAACACUGAUGGAUGUUCCCACUGUAGGAGAUGUAUGUCAAGACAAUCUUGAAAUAGAUGAAAAUGAAGAUGAGCAUAUUAAAGAAGGACCAUCUGAUUCUGAAGACAUUGUUUUUGGAGAAACUGACACAGAUUUACAAGAGCUUCAGGCCUCUAUGGAACAGUUACUUAGGGAACAACCUGGAGAAGAAUGCAGUGAGGAGGAAGAAUCAGUCUUAAAGAACAGUGACAUAGAACAGACUGCAAAUGGGACAGAUCUGGCAGAUGAGGAUGACAAUCCCAGCAGUGAAAGUGCCCUAAAUGAAGAAUGGCAUUCAGAUAACAGUGAUGGUGAGAUUACCAGUGAAUGUGAAUAUGAUAGUGUCUUUAACCAUUUAGAGGAACUGAGACUUCACCUGGAGCAGGAAAUAGGCUUUGAAAAAUUCUUUGAGGUUUAUGAGAAAAUAAAAGCUGUUCAUGAAGAUGAAGAUGAAAAUAUCGAGAUUUGUUCAACAAUAGUUCAGGAUAUUUUAGGAAAUGAACAUGAACAUCUUUAUGCCAAGAUUCUUCAUUUAGUCAUGGCAGAUGGAGCCUAUCAAGAAGAUAAUGAUGAAUAAUCAUCAGAACAUUCUUUAAUUCUCAACUGUAUGAGAACAUUUAUAUUUGGCUCAUCAGAAAAACAAGCUGCAGGGGGAAAUGUAGCAAUUUUCUACAAAUACCAGAUUUAAGAUGGGCAUGCUGAUUGCAUGAAAAAGAUGGAGAAACAUGCCAUUUUUCAAUUAAGAUUCUAGUAUUUUACCUAUUUUAUUUUGUUCACUGAGUUCUAUAGUAACCUCCUACAGAAUAUAUACUUUAUUAAAUUAUCCAACCAAAGCAUAAGAGACAUUGAUCCAGAGCUGGACUUAAUGGUUCUGAAAAAGAUUUACUAAUGCAGUAAGGUAACUUUUACUUUGAGCAAAUGUCUUUAAGAUGAGAGAAUUACUUAAGUUAUGAAAGACUUGCCUAUGGUUUUUCAUUUAAGUAUUUAAGCAUGACUUUUUUUUCUGUCUACAUGUUUUCGUAUCCAGCAAUUUGGUAUGAAAUAACCUUGUCAAGGGCUCUAUUUAAAUCUUUACAUUUUGAAGAUGGUAUUUUUAGCCUUAAAGUUUAUAUUUUCCAUCUUUUUUCAACCAGUGUGUCUCCUGAACUAGCUCAGUGGAACAGGCUGUAGAGGUCAGUCUUAGAAAUCAUUGAAAACUUUGAUUAUGGAAAAAUAACAAAAUUGUAUUUCCUGGUAUUUAAAAAGUUCGUUAAUUUUUCCUUUUUAAGGACCAGAAUCAGGAAUAUUAUAUUGAAAAAUCAGUUUAUGAAUUUCAGCAUUGACGUAGCAUAUAUCAUAAAGUUGCCCUUUUUGUUUUUAACUUUCAUGUAUAUGCUUCCAGGGCAAUACAGAAAAAGGAACUGUUUUUAUUUUGACACUGUGACAGUUUGGGUAACUAGCAUUCCAGAGCGGGGGUAAUGUUUGCCUCUUUUAUUUCCAUUAUGGUCAUUAAAAUGAUGGUCACACAGCUUCAGUUGCAAUGUGCCAGGUAUUACAUGGUUUCAUUAGAGAUAUCUAAAGUCCAGAUGCUUUUAGUAAUAAAAGCAUAAUUUUUGAAACCGGAGUACAUAGCAGUCUGGUUGGCAUAAUCUGUAAUUUGAACAGUAAAAUCUUAUCUUGCAGCACUAUCAGUACUAGGCUAACUUUAUUAUGUAUAUUAUUUCUAACAUCCAAAACUAACUACUUGAUUUUUAUAUGUUUAUUUUAUGAUAUUACUAUUAAAUUUUUAUUCUCUACCUGAAGUACACUAUCAGUUGUCUUUUACUUAUUUGCACUAUUCUUAAUAGAAUGCUUUUACAAUGAGCUGAGAAUACUUUUGUUUGUUUUAUCUGAUGAUUUCCAUUAUGUUUUUCAAGGAGGAAUAUGAAUUUUGCACUUUAAUUCUCUACAAUCCUGAAAAAUGAGAAUGAUCUUUUAGGGAGUUAUUUUCUAAUUCUUAGCCUAUUACAACUAUUAGAAAAGCAACUAAGGAUAUAACACAGUAGAAAAGUUGUUUAACCAUAUUUCAAAAGAUGUCAUUUAUAUAUAUAUAUAAGAAUAGGGAUGACAAAUAGGAUUUAUGCCAUCUCCAGUCAAUUGGUAGUGAGUGGCUCUGGAUUGUUAUUAUGGAAAGAUUGUGCCAGUGAAAAGUGGGCUAUUAUUAUUUAAUAAGGUCUAUUAUAAGUGGCCAAAGUGAAUGUGGGAGCAUCUAUAGAUUGAUAAAUUAGAGCUAGAAAGGGCUAUGAGGAUAAUUUAGUAUUACCUCCAUUUAACAGGCAAAGACAUUUGAAUUGUAAAAUGAAUGAAGUCGCUUGCAUAAAAGGCCAGAGUCAGACUAGUUCCAGGUCUAACAUUGUGCUAUUAGCACACUGGUUUUUUAAUUUAUUUCACCUGGAGAGUGAAAAAGAAUAAAUUCAAUAGGAAAAAGUAUACUUAGCAUUAAUACAUUAAAAAUUCAGAGAUUUCCUGUUCCUAGGAAUAACACUAUUGUAAUUAACCUUCCUGUUGAAAAUUUUUUAUUGUUAAAUAAAGGGUUUUUUCCUCAUAAAUUAAAAA